AUGGCGAAAACGGAGCCCAAACGACAGCACAGGCUUUGGCUUUCGUGUAGGGGAUGCCGGGCAAGGAAAGUGAAAUGUGAUAGGGCUAGGCCAUGCCACCGCUGCGUCAAGGUCGGCAAGGCCGCCCAGUGUCACUACGACCUCCCGACCGACACUGAUGACGGAACAGCCCUUGGUCAGUUUGUCUUUGCGGUUCAAGCACCGGAGCGGACUCCAAAUAAGACAAGGACAUCAGCUGGAGACACUGCCCCUCAAAUAUCAUCCAUAUCCGGCAGGAACCCUACCGCAACCCUCGCCGGCUCUUCAUCCUCCCAGGCCACGGCUCCCGAGGCUUCCAGUACUGAGGUUGGACCUGUCGGUCCUCUGCAGCUCCUUUGGCAUGGCAGUCGCUCCGUCGAUGUCUAUGUCGAACCACUAGGCGGACAGAAGGAUUUUGCGCCAAAAGAAGUGAUCUUUGGAGAGAACGAUGGAACCGUCUACUGGGGUAGAGGUCACGAGACCAACUUUGUGCCUCGUAUCACCGAUGCAGCAAGAUUGUUACUCGAGCCCGACCAAGAGGACAAUGUGGCAACGCUCUAUCAAGUAGAGCGAAGCUCCAGGCCUGGCGAUACAGUCCCUAUCCGAAUCCAUGACCCGGAGCUGCGAGCUUUGCUACCAGAAAGAGAGGCGACCGACAGGCUCGUGGAUGUUUAUGUGAAGACUUUCGAGUCUUAUUACAAAAUCAUUCACGUUCCUACAUUUCGGAAAGAAUACGCUGCCCUAUGGGAUCCGGACCCAGUCGUGUCAAGUAGCGGCCCGCCAACCUUUCUUGCGCAACUUCUCAGUGUUUGUGCCAUCGGAUCAGGGCUGGAUGGUGCAUCAGCGUCUCAGUCUCAGACUGCGAGGCAGUGGAUUGAAGCUGUGCGCCUUUGGCUGUUCAAGCAAGAUCCCAGGACCCAGAUGACCCUUGGUCACAUGCAAGCUCAUUUGCUUAUGCUCGUAGCUGGUGACGUUCACUGGAUCAAGAUUGAUCGGAGCUGGGUCUCAUCUGGCAUGCUAGUACGCAACGCAAUCUCGGCUGGCCUUCACAGGGAGCCUUCCGACUUCACUAGAGUAUCUCCCUUCCACGCCGAGCUUCGAAGAAGACUGUGGUAUUCUAUCCUGGAAUUCGAUCUCCAAGCAUGUUUUGCCAAAGGUCGCACACCUUUAGUAAGGAAGGACGACUACGACUGCCUCCCGCCUUCGGAUAUGCAAGACGAUGAUCUUAUUGGAAACAUUACUGCAGCCCAGGUGGAAGCAGCACAAACUUCAAGCAAAGCGACUCUACCUUUGUUUAUCCGUCUUGCCAAGUCUUUGUCGCUACGGACAGACGUAUGCCGCCUCGUCAAUGGGAUCAACCUAACGGCCGACUAUGGGCAGGUGCUCAAGCUUGAUGCUGAAUUGAAAACAUUUCUCGGCCAAGUUGCGACAGCCAUCCACCAAGAAGCGAACCAUUGUAAAAGGAUCCUGCUCACCAUCCUCAUACGAAGGGCAACUAUCGCUUUACAUGCCCCAUUCGUGACAAGGACAUUGCAGGAUCCCCGAUAUCUCUACUCAAGGCAGGUUUGCGUUGAGAUGUCCACAACCAUCCUCACCGAGGCCCUAUCUAUGAUCAAUGAGUCAGGAGUCUUUGCGACGAUUAACAAUGUCUGCCGUUGCGAAAUAUCCAACAGCGUGUUCUUGGUCUGUCAUGAGCUCCUGACACGAGCUGUUGAGCGACGGAGGCGACUGGCAUUUGUUCUGCCCCAAUCUGGCAGUCAGGAACAGGUUUUGGUCGACUUGGUUGAAAGAACGGCACAAGCGACGACAGCAAUAUGCAAACCAGACAUUGUGAGCCAGCGUACUUGCGCUUGGAUGCAGUUGUCAGCAGAGCUAUCCAAGGCUGCUGCUGGAGACGAGGCGAUGACAGCUACUUCAAUGAAAGAGGCAAUCGAACGGAGCAUCCAGGCGUACCGAGCGAGCAUUCAACAGACCGCGCCUGAUAAGGCACGGGGGUCAUGUGUUGUUGAUGACAGCUAUUUGCAUUGGACAAACCUCUUUGAGAAUACAGUUGACGAAGAUUACUUCAAUAUGUUCUUGAAUAUAAACAACUUUGAAGACAUCGACCCAUGGAUUUAG